AUGGCUGGACGACGCCCCAUAGGAGGCCAUGGCGGGCCCUCGAAUAACGACGACCUGCUGCUCGACCUGGACAACGAGCAGCCCGUAUACAGCGCGGGGCAGCGGUCGGCCUUGAACGACGACGAUCUGGCACGGGCGUACGAGCACGAUCAGGAUCCGUCGAGCCGACCGUCGGUGUCCUACGAUGAUUUUGUCGGCGCCGAGCCCUCAUAUCCUCCCCCGGGUCGCUCUGGCGGAGCGCAGAUGGCGCAGCCCUCAGAGCGGUCGGGGCCCUAUCACAACCAUCAAUUCAGCCAGUCCUCGGACCUUGACAACUACCCGCGCUAUGCCGAUGACUUCGACGAGGACGAGAUGUAUUACCAGCAUGGCGGCGCUCCUGGUGCGGGGCCAUCGUCAGCUGCUAGAGACAAUGCGAGAACCCGGAACAGCGUGCUGACUCUGGGAGGAGGCUUCUUUGGCAAGCUGAAGCACAGGCUGGGCAUGGGCCAGGGCUAUUCGGAGAUGGACCUGCCCUUGACCGAGCCGGGACUCGAUCGAGGCGGGUCGCAGCAACAGCAGCAGCCCAAGGCCAAGAAGUCGGGCAACUUCAAGUUCGGCUUUGGCAGGGGUAAGCCAGAUCCCGCGAGCCUGGGACCAAGAAUCAUCCACCUCAACAACCCCCCCGCCAAUGCCGCCAACAAGUACGCCGGCAACCACAUCUCGACGGCCAAGUACAACGUCGUCACCUUUCUCCCCAAGUUCCUCUUUGAGCAGUUCUCCAAAGUUGCCAACAUCUUCUUCCUGUUUACGGCCGCCCUGCAGCAGAUCCCUGGAUUGUCACCCACGAACAGGUAUACGACGAUUGGACCCCUGGCUGUUGUGCUUUUGGUUUCCGCUGGUAAGGAAUUGGUGGAGGAUUACCGGAGAAGAGUUGCAGACAAUGCUCUCAACACUUCCACGGCGCGAGUUUUACGGGGCUCAAGUUUCACGGACACGAAAUGGAAUGCUGUAGCGGUGGGCGAUGUGGUCAGGGUCGAAUCUGAGGAGCCGUUUCCAGCCGAUCUGGUUCUUUUGGCAAGUUCCGAGCCCGAGGGUCUCUGUUAUAUCGAAACAGCAAACUUGGAUGGCGAGACCAACUUGAAGAUUAAGCAAGCCCUUCCAGAGACGUCUACCUUGGUUUCCCCUAGCGAAGUGAGCCGACUGGGUGGUCGCAUCAAGUCGGAACAGCCCAACAGCAGCCUGUACACGUACGAAGCAACAUUGAUCAUGCAAGCUGGUGGAGGAGAAAAGGAGCUGGCCCUGAAUCCCGAGCAGCUGCUCCUUCGAGGUGCCACUCUGAGAAACACCCCCUGGAUCCACGGCAUCGUUGUUUUCACGGGCCACGAGACCAAGCUGAUGCGAAACGCCACCGCGACGCCAAUCAAGCGAACCAAGGUCGAAAGGCAGCUCAACUGGCUCGUGCUCAUGUUGGUCGGCAUGCUGCUGGUGCUUAGCGUCAUCAGUACCGUGGGAGACUUGGUGAUGCGCGGCGCUACUGGCGACUCGCUUUCGUAUCUCUAUCUGGACAAAAUCGACAGCGCUGGAACCGCAGCCUCGACGUUUUUCAAAGACAUGGUUACGUACUGGGUGCUUUUCUCUGCCUUGGUGCCAAUCUCUCUCUUCGUCACGGUGGAGCUGGUCAAGUAUUGGCAUGGAAUCCUCAUCAACGACGAUCUCGACAUGUACUACGACAAGACUGAUACCCCAGCCACCUGCCGAACAUCUAGCUUGGUCGAAGAACUCGGCAUGGUCGAGUACGUAUUCUCGGACAAGACUGGUACGCUUACUUGCAACAUGAUGGAAUUCAAGCAAUGCUCUAUUGGCGGCAUUAUGUAUGCCGAAGAGGUUCCCGAGGACCGCCGAGCGACGGGCGUGGACGACGAAGAGGCAGCCAUUUACGACUUCAAGGCGCUCCAGGCCAACUUGACCCAAGGACAUCAGACUGCGGGGAUGAUUGACCAUUUCCUAGCGCUUCUUGCUACCUGCCACACGGUUAUCCCUGAGAUGGACGAAAAAGGCCAAAUUAAAUAUCAAGCUGCCUCCCCCGACGAAGGUGCCCUUGUGGCUGGAGCUGUCACCAUGGGCUACAGGUUCACUGCACGAAAGCCGAAAUCCGUCAUCAUCGAAGCCAAUGGUCGAGAAAUGGAAUACGAACUGUUGGCCGUCUGCGAAUUCAACUCAACCCGUAAGCGCAUGUCUGCCAUCUUUCGCUGCCCAGACGGAAAGAUUCGUGUCUACUGCAAGGGUGCCGAUACCGUCAUCCUGGAACGCCUCAACGACCAAAACCCCCAUGUCGAAGUCACUCUGCGUCACCUCGAGGAAUACGCAUCGGAGGGUCUGCGAACGCUCUGCUUGGCUAUGCGUGAAGUGCCGGAACAAGAGUACCACGAGUGGCGCCAGAUCUUUGAUACUGCGGCAACGACUGUUGGCGGCAAUCGAGCGGAUGAGCUGGACAAGGCUGCUGAGAUUAUUGAACAUGACUUUUACCUUCUUGGUGCCACUGCUAUCGAGGAUCGCCUCCAAGAUGGCGUGCCGGAGACCAUUCACACCCUGCAGCAGGCCAACAUCAAAGUCUGGGUUCUGACCGGAGAUCGACAGGAGACGGCCAUCAACAUUGGUAUGAGUUGCAAGCUUCUCAGCGAGGACAUGAUGCUUUUGAUCGUCAACGAGGAAUCGGCAGCCGCAACUCGCGACAACAUCCAGAAGAAGAUUGAUGCCAUCAGGACGCAAGGCGACGGUACUAUCGAAAUGGAAUCGCUGGCGCUGGUCAUUGACGGAAAGUCUCUCACGUAUGCCCUCGAAAAGGAUCUGGAAAAGCUGUUCCUCGACCUCGCCAUCAUGUGCAAGGCCGUCAUCUGCUGUCGUGUGUCACCCCUGCAAAAGGCUCUGGUCGUCAAGCUGGUCAAGAAAUACCAGAAGCAAUCGAUUCUUCUCGCCAUCGGCGAUGGAGCAAACGACGUUUCCAUGAUCCAGGCGGCGCACAUUGGUGUUGGUAUCAGCGGUGUUGAGGGUCUGCAGGCUGCUCGAAGUGCCGAUGUGGCCAUUGCCCAGUUUAGGUAUCUACGGAAGCUGCUGCUUGUCCACGGCGCAUGGAGCUACCAGCGAGUGAGCAAGACGAUUCUCUUUUCUUUUUACAAGAACAUUGCUUUGUAUUUGACGCAGUUUUGGUACACGUUCCAGAAUGUCUUUUCCGGCCAGGUCAUUUACGAAUCUUGGACCUUGUCCUUCUACAACGUCUUUUACACAGUUCUUCCGCCGCUCGCCAUUGGUAUCCUUGACCAGUUCAUCUCUGCUCGUUUACUCGAUCGCUACCCUCAGCUCUACAUGAUGGGCCAGCAGAAUUCCGCGUUCAAGCUAAAGGUGUUUGCGCAGUGGAUUGCCAACGCCAUCUACCACUCCAUCGUCCUCUACAUUUUUGCUGAGCUCAUCUGGUACAGCGAUGUCAUUGACGGCCAAGGCCAGACUGACGGACAUUGGGUCUGGGGAACUGCUCUGUACGGAGCUGUGCUCCUCACUGUCCUAGGCAAGGCAGCGCUGGUAACCAACAACUGGACCAAGUACCAUGUGAUGGCCAUCCCCGGCAGCAUGGUCAUCUGGUGGGUGUUUAUUGCCGUUUACGGUACCGUCGCACCCAAGAUCAACAUUUCAACCGAAUACCAUGGCGUCAUUCCCAAGCUGUACAGCAGCCCGGUCUUCUGGCUUCAAACCUUUGUCCUUGCGUUGCUGUGUCUGUCACGAGACAUUGCCUGGAAAUACGCCAAGCGAAUGUACCGGCCGCAGACGUACCACCACAUUCAGGAGAUUCAAAAGUACAAUAUUCAGGACUACCGGCCUAGGAUGGAGCAAUUUCAGAAAGCUAUCCGCAAGGUUCGGCAGGUGCAGCGUAUGCGUAAGCAGCGUGGCUAUGCCUUUUCGCAGGCCGACGAGAGCCAGACGCGCGUGCUCCAGGCAUACGACACGACAAAGCACCGAGGCCGGUACGGAGAAAUGGCCAGCUCAAGACCUAUAGACGGGAUGUAA